AUGAACCCGCUUCUCUCCGUCCUCCUAUCCGCUUUAAUCUCCUCCCUCUUCGUGCUAUCCCUGUACGUAUGGGAGGUUCCCCGCAUCUUGCGCGGGGCUCCACCGGCCAAUCGCGACGACCCACGUGUCGUGUGCCAGCGAAUCACGAGCGUGCUUGGUUCCUGCGUGGCGUCCGCCGCCAUUGUCGCGGCUGUCGCGAAAUUUGGCCUGUUGGACGACACCCACGCCCCUCUGCCCUCUGUUCCUCGCCUUCUUUCGCUGCAACCUGACCACCUGGUACGGAGUAUACCUAAAGGGAUUGCCAUUGUUGCUUGCACUGCAAUCCCUCUCCCACUUCUCCCAUUCCCCACUCUCCUCCCCCAUUUCCCCUCUCCCAUUUUCCCUCCUUCGCCUUUCCUCCCCACCUCCCUCCUCUCACUAACAGAUUCUCUCCCUCGCAUUCCCUCUCCUCCUCGUGGCUCUUCUCUUUCUCGGCCCUCUCACUCUCUCUGCAUUCAACUCGCUCCAAGCCCUAGCCUCUGCGAGGCAUAG